AUGUAAAACAACUCGCCAAUCAAAGGUCGACGCAUUUCAAACCAGAUUAAGUUGACUGGGAAAGUUCUUAAAAAGAAGACAGCGUCAGAGGUGGAGAUCAUAGGUCCUUCUGGGAGAGAUAUGGAUACUAGUGUGGUUGCUAAAAUUUAAAUAAUGUAGUAUGAGAACCUGAAAUCGCAUAUGCAGUAGUGUCAAAGUGAACUUAAAGUUGCAAAGAGUACGGAAAAGAUAAAGAAAAAAAAGUCACUAGAUCGCCAUGCUGCCAUCAAGAAGAGUCAGCAGUUGUACAAGAAAAAAAAGAAAUCUACGAAAAUUAAAAAGAGUGUUAGUGCUGAAAGAGUUAAGAGUCAAACCUUAGAGUUCUCAUCUCCAGAGUGUGUACGACGUAAGAAGGCAGCCACUUUUUUUAAUGAAAAGCCCAACACUCUCUAAGAUCAUCGCGAACGUCUAGGACUUAGUUUCUUAAAUAAGAUUGGCACUAAGAGAAUUGAUUAAAUUUUAGAGCGUAUUUUAGUGAUUCUAUAGCGUUAGGUAAUAGGAUGUCAUCAAUAGAACAAUCACAUCAUCCUCCGCUCACUCCUGAGAAACAUCGCUUUCCUCAUGAAAUAAAGCAUUACAUGAAGGAGAAAAAGAAGUUCUAUUCACAAUUAGAUUCCAUUAAGCAACAAUCCAUGUUAGAAAAGAAAAAGCACAUUGAUGAGAAUCUGCGUUCUUUGGCUGAAAUAGCGAAAAGAAAUUCUCUUUCGAAUAGUAGAUCACCGCCGAGAGACAGUACAAAUAAAGUUAGUGCAAAACCACUUAUGUUAAGUUAUGUGGCUAAUCGCAAAAGUACUUCACGUAAAUCGGGAGUCCCUAAAUCUUUGAGGGAACAAUUUAAGUAAUUGGAGGCUCGUUAUAAAACUUUAAAGAGUAAUAGUGAUGUUAUAUCAUUGAGAGAAUCUAGAAACUACGAACACGAAAUGAAAGAAUAAGCAGCCAAAUGCAUCUAGAGAUGGUUUAAAGGAUUCAAAGCAAGGAAACUAUGGUAGAAGAAGAAAGAAAAGAAGCUACUCAAAAUAUAGUAAUUCUAAUAAUUGAAGGACUCUGAGAUGGCAAGAUGGGAUAAUCUUAAAGCAUUCCUAUAAAAUCUAUAAGUCAAGUAAGAUAUGGUUGUGAUGGCAGAUUUGAUUGAAAGUUUAAUUAAAUAUGCCGAUUUCAACAAAGAAAAUGUGUUAUCAAACACUAUUGAAUAACCUUAAAUCAAAUUAAAACCUUAGAAGUUGAUCAUUGAAAAAUCUGAAGUAUUCCCUCCGCAAAUUGGACAAAUCCUUUACCUUAGAGGCGAAUUAAUUAAGGAGAGAGAAAAGAAGGAAAAGUAGAUCUUGAAGGAUCUCCUUGUUUAAGAGAGGAUCUCUCCUCGCUCCUUUGGUUUGAAGGAACAAGAAAUUUAGAAGUGGGGGGAAAAAGAAUUGGAAGCUUUGGAAAUCAGCAAAUAAGCAAUAAAGGAUGGAUGGUUUAAAGCCUACGAAACAAUUCAAAAAACUCAAAAGGACUUAAGGUUUGUGCAGAAAUUAGGGGAUGAUCAUUUCAGCAAGAUGAUGCCAGUGAGUGUUAGUCAAAGUAAUCUACUGAAAAAUUAACUCAAUGAUUUAAAAAUUAAUGUAAUUGUUAUGAAUUAUCUAUAGUUGUUAAGGGCUAGCUAUUCUGAGGAGAAUCUCAUAGAUUAAAAGAAGAAACCACUUUAACAUUCGGAAUAAUUGGAUAAUUAAGAAUAGUAAUUAGCAUCAUACAACUCAAAUUAAUCAAAUAAGACUUUGUCAUCGUACAUCCAAGGUCUAGAAGUAAUAUAUUACCUUAGUAAGGGAUGUUCCAAUAGAAGCGGAAGAGUAGGGACAAGUUGAGAAUCUGCAGUAUGUAUAGACUCAUGUUGGCUAUGUUAAACAUUAUUUAGAGGACAUCAAAUUAAUAGUUAAAAAUCAAUAUCAGAAUCAAUUCUUAUAAAUCAUCAACUUGAGUAUUGGUCCGUCUCCCUUUGAAAUUUUGAGAUUCUUUAGAUUAACUGAAGAAAUGCUGGAACAAUCCUUGGAUGGUGGAUUCAUUCAUUAAGCAGUCUUGAAUUUGGAUAUAUUUUCAAUUAAGGAGAAGGUGGGAACAGAAGAGGUUUGUGUCAAUGAGAUGGAAAGAAUACAUAACAAAGCUAUUUUUGAUGCUUUCAAUGAGGCUUUGGAUUAUCACCGCCCAUUUGGUAUCAAGGGUAGACCAUUACCUUGGAGGAAGAAUGUAAUAUGUAGGCAAGUAAACUCUGUUGAAGAUACUCUUGAGAAAUCGGCAAUAAGGGUUGUGCAAUGGGCUGAAACUCUAAGUGGUAUACUAUUACCAUAAGGUAGUUAAGUGGAUAAUGACAUUUUGCCACAAGUUAGAGAAGAAAGAUUGGAUAAGAUGUUAAAGUAGGAAGUAAAUAAGCUAUUCAUUAUAUGUAGGUAUUCGAAACAGAUGACAGAUGGUAGGAAUUUGAUGAAGAACACACUGAAGUAGCUUUGGAGUUGAGUGAAUUGAUAUUCAAUCAUCUCAUUACUGAAGUAAUCACUGAAUUAAAAAUUUGA